AUGUUUAUUCGAACCUUUCUUGACGCGUGCCACAGUCUUGACUUUGUCGAACCCCGCACUGAUGCCAAGUCGUACCUAUGGGCAGAAAUCUCUGUAGUCACACAGGCCUCUGAGGGUCAUGACUCGUUCAUAACAGAGGUGCAGGAGGUGGGAAGGACCAAACUCCGAAUUAUCAGCCAUUCGGAUCAGCCGUCCAAGGCCCUCCGUGGCCUCUGCUCGGACGAGGCGUCCGACCACGAACCUGUCACCGGAGAGUCUAUUCCUAGGCAUCAUCCGUCUGAACAACCCAGUCUCAUGCCGUGCGCUCCCAAAGGGAUUGCGACAAGCUAUGACACCAUCGUGCCCGUCGCCCGGCGACCAGAAAUGUCGUCGCAAUGGGCUGCCUCCUUUCUCACUGCCAUCACCGAUCACGAUACGCUAGGCGAGGAGGGCCCGAAGGAGUCCCUGGUCCAAAAGUCUAGCGCGGCCACAAUGCUCAAUCCCGGCCAGAUCACUUCCGUUACCCGCUUUCUAGAGGAGGUGCCCCCACAAAGGCACACUUUAGACUUUACUUUUGGAAAGCUCUGCUUGUUGUGGAGCGAUUGCGUCGGAUAUUGCCUCCCUCGCACCUUUCAUAUCCACCACUCACUAUAUAACAAGCUAGGUCUGAGUCGCAUCCAGCCUCUCCUUGGCAAACGGUAUGUACCUUCCCAAUUCUCAAUUCACGACGUUUUGAUAACAUUACAGAACUCAAAGGUUUGCCCGUGGAAGAGAGGUGGGGAUUUCCGGCAUGAUAGCCUGGAUGAUUUUGCUUCAUUCCUCAAGGGUGUCUGCCAGUCCGAUCCCCUGCAACAGUAA